AUGUCGGACUAUGACGAUGAUAUCGACAUGGAUGCCACGGCACAAGGCACCGCAAUGAAAUUUAGCUCCGAUAACACCAACACAAAAGGGAAGAAAAUUGUUGCAGAUUUGCCUGUUGGCGCUGAGGAUAAUCUACCAUGGGUUGAGAAAUACCGCCCGAGCUCGCUGGACGAGGUUCAUGGACACCAGGACAUACUAGCUACGAUCAACAGAUUUGUUGACACACAUCGAUUACCGCAUCUUCUUCUCUACGGACCUCCUGGCACUGGAAAGACCACAACGAUCCUGGCCCUAGCGAGACGAAUUUAUGGAAGCAAAAACAUGCGCCAGAUGGUGCUAGAAUUAAACGCGUCCGAUGAUCGAGGCAUUGACGUGGUUCGAGAACAGAUCAAGACAUUCGCGAGCACAAAACAGAUUUUUUCCGUUGCUGCCCCAGCCGCAAACAAGAAUUCUUUGGGGGCCUUCAAAUUGAUCAUCCUAGACGAAGCCGACGCAAUGACGGCCACUGCACAGAUGGCGCUUCGCCGAAUCAUGGAGAAAUACACUGCCAAUACCCGAUUUUGUAUCAUUGCGAAUUACACCCACAAGCUCUCGCCGGCCCUGUUGUCGCGAUGUACAAGGUUCCGGUUCAGUCCGCUGAAGGAAGCAGAUAUCCGGUCUCUGGUGGACAAGGUCAUUGAGGCGGAGAAUGUGCGGAUACAACCCGAGGCAACCGAGAGCCUCGUCAGACUUAGCAAGGGCGAUAUGCGACGGGCGUUGAACGUUCUUCAGGCUUGCCAUGCCAGCAGCAUCCCACUUCCCAUGCAUAAUGCUCCCAAAGACCAACCGCCCCCAGAGCACGAAUUAGUCACCGACGCAACGAUCUAUAACUGCAUUGCCGCUCCUCAUCCAUCUGAUAUCCGCGAAAUCAUGACCACACUAUUAUCAACCAGCGACGUCACGUCAUGCCUCAACACUAUCAACACUAUCAAGACAAACCAGGGACUUGCCCUAGCAGAUAUUCUGAGCGCAUUAGGUGAACAAUUGCAGACGUUGGAAGUCCCUGCGCAGACUCGAAUCAGCUGGUUAGAGGGACUGGCGGAAGUUGAGUGGCGACUAUCCGGUGGAGGCAGUGAGGCGAUUCAGACUGGAGGUCUUGUCGGGGUUGUACGAAAUGGCUGUGAGAUUAUGGGUGAUAAAGGGGUGUUGAUGGAAUCUUGA